AUGGAGUUCAUAAACAAGAUGUACUCUAAAUGUUUUUGCCUUUGCUUGAUUCUCGUGUUCGGGGCUUGGUCUUCUGAGGCCACUUCUCGGAAUGUUCAAGAUGCAUCCAUUUAUGAGAGAUACGAGCAGUGGAUGGCUCGUUAUGGACGCCACUACAACAACAUGAAUGAGAAGGAGACUCGCUUCAAUAUAUUCAAGAAAAAUGUGGCAUUCAUUGAAUCUUCAAAUAAUGCAAACAAACCAUACAAAUUGAGCGUCAACCAAUUUGCCGACCUCACAACAGAAGAAUUCAAAGGCCAAAGGACUGGAUUCAAGGGUCUUGGAGAUAUCCCAUCGCCGACUACUACUUUCAAGUAUGAAAAUGUAAGCGUAGUGCCAUCUUCUCUAGACUGGAGGACGAAAGGGGCCGUGAUGCCUGUCAAGGACCAAGGCCAAUGUGGAAGCUGUUGGGCUUUCGCAACAGUAGGAGCCUUAGAAGGAGCCAUUCAGCUUUCGACUGGUACUCUAAUAUCUAUGUCCGAGCAAGAGUUGGUUGACUGUAACGUGGGAGGUGAGAAUGAAGGCUGUAAUGGUGGCUACCCCGACGUUGCCUUUGAGUACAUCAUAAACAAUCACGGGCUAACAAACGAGGCUAAUUAUCCCUACACUGCUACUGAUAAUGUGUGCAAUGCUACAGAGUCAGGCAGCCCUUCAGGCAGCAUAACCAGCUACGAAGAUGUGCCUGUAAACAGAGAGCUGGAUCUUCUGAAGGCCGUUGCUAAUCAACCUGUAUCGGUUUGCAUUGAAGCUGCUGGAGAAUUCUCAUUUUAUGAAUCUGGUGUGCUUACUGGACCUUGUGGAACGGAUCUAGACCAUUGUGUUACCGCUAUUGGUUAUGGAACAAGUGAUGAUGGGAUCGACUACUGGUUGCUGAAAAACUCAUGGGGCACAGAUUGGGGUGAGGAAGGUUACGCUAGGAUUCAAAGAAAUGUAGAAGCAGUGGAAGGAAUGUGUGGCAUUGCUAUGUCAGCCUCAUACGCUAUUGUGUAGAUGAUUUUACCAAUGCGCAAUGGAAUAAAUGCCUACCCUGCAUGCAUGCACGCAGUCCAUGCACUACUUCACGUAGAAGUAUUUCAUGAUAGUUAAAUUGCAAUUUGUUAGCAAUUUAUCAGACUAUAUAUAGCUAUAUACUUUGGUUU